CCCUUGCUUUAAAAGCUCUGUAUUUCCACUUAUUAGGAGGACAAUGGCAUUUCAGAUAAGAGUCUCCAUCCUCCUCCUUUGCCAGCCAAGUGAUAAACUUCUCUUUCUUUCUCCUCAAACCACUUGUUCUCGUUCUUCCGAUGCAGCCUGGAGGACAAGUGCCGAGUCUUCAGUAACAAGGUGGGGGAGACCUAAGUACCUAAGAUAGGUAGGAACAUGGAGGAGUCGCCAACAGUGGGUAGAUUCCAACAGCAGGAAGAAGGAGCAGAGGGGUUUGACCUGCCCUGCUUCCGUGCACCCAGCUAGUGGCUCUGCAGUCGGCCUUCAUCGGAUGUUAGGAGCCUGCGCAGGGUCUGGAGGGAGGAAAGGCUUUGUAUCAGGAUGGUGGCAGAAAACUGGUCCAGCGCAGCAGUGGGGCAGCUGGAGAAGCCCUGACCUGCUCCUCCCAACUUUGACUUUGCUGUCGUAGUGGCAAAAGGGAAGCAGAGGGCGGGCUUUGACACGGUCAGCAGUGGAGGGAGGAACGCCGUGGGAGGAUGAGUCCCAGAGGAGGGGAAGGAGGAGGAGGAGGUCAGGAGCAGCAGGAGGAUGCUGCGUGAGAAGUGGAGCUCUCGUGCGGAGCGUGAGAGUUGGGGUGAAUUUCGUGGCAUGCCAGCUUUUUGCAUUGUUUGCUGCUUUUUGGUUUCGCAUCUACCUAAGUCCUAGUAAAACCAGCUCCGAUGUCCGGCAUGCAUUUGCUACCAUUUUUGGCGUCUAUUUUGUCAUCUUUUGUUUUGGUUGGUACUCCGUACAUCUCUUUGUGCUGGUGUUAAUGUGCUACACAAUCAUGGUCACUGCAAGCGUAUCUAAUAUUCACAGGUACUCCUUUUUUGUGGCAAUGGGAUACCUUACAAUAUGCCACAUCAGCCGAAUAUACAUCUUCCACUAUGGGAUUCUCACUACAGAUUUUUCAGGGCCUCUGAUGAUUGUCACUCAGAAGAUCACAACCUUGGCAUUCCAAGUUCAUGAUGGAUUAGGUCGAAGAGCUGAAGACCUCUCUACUGAGCAACAUCGACUUGCUGUAAAAGUGAAACCCUCUUUUUUGGAAUAUUUAAGCUACCUUCUCAAUUUCAUGAGUGUCAUAGCUGGCCCUUGCAACAAUUUCAAGGACUACGUAGCCUUCAUCGAGGGGAGACAUAUACACAUGAAGUUGCUAGAAGUGAACUGGAAACAAAAAGGUUUCCACAGCUUUCCAGAACCUUCUCCCACUGGAGCUGUGAUACAGAAGUUAUGCAUCACCUUGGUGUCUCUCCUUUUGUUUUUGACGCUCACCAAGGCCUUCCCUGUCACCUGUCUUCUUAGUGACUGGUUUGUCUAUAAAGCAAACUUUCUGACGCGACUCUGCUACUUAUAUAUUGUCAUGCAAGCCUCAAAACCCAAGUAUUACUUUGCAUGGACAUUAGCUGAUGCAGUGAAUAACGCAGCUGGCUUUGGGUUCAGCGGAGUGGAUAAGAAUGGAAAUUUCUGUUGGGAUCUGCUUUCUAACCUAAACAUCUGGAAAAUCGAGACUGCUACAAGUUUCAAAAUGUACUUAGAAAACUGGAAUAUUCAGACAGCUACCUGGCUAAAGUGCGUGUGCUACGAACGGGUUCCCUGGUACCCCACGGUGCUAACCUUCAUCCUGUCUGCUUUGUGGCAUGGUGUCUACCCUGGAUACUAUUUUACCUUCUUAACUGGAACCCUUGUCACCUUAGCAGCUAGAGCGGUAAGAAACAACUACAGGCAUUACUUCCUUUGCUCAAAAGCUGUCAGAGUUGCCUAUGAUGUGGUCACCUGGGCUGUCACUCAGCUGGCUGUCUCUUAUACAGUUGCACCCUUUGUUAUGUUGGCAGUGGAACCAACCAUCAGUUUAUACAAGUCCAUGUACUUUUAUUUACACAUCGUAAGUCUCCUGAUAAUACUGUUUCUGCCAAUCAAGCCACAAGUUCAUACUCAAAGGCGGCCUCAGAGUCUGAACUCUGUUAAUAAGAAGAAAGCAGAGUGACACCUCUGAGAAGAGCUGAACAAGUAAAUCCGCAGAACAUUCGAAAGAUGAGAUGAAAAGGUUCAAGGAUUCUCCAGUGACGUGGAGGCGAUGUUUACAUGCAUCUUUUAUUUUUUUUCUUUUUUAAAAUGCAGGGAGUAUUUUUAUAAAGCCUUUUUGUACAGAGAAAUCGGCCAUGUCCAGUUUAUUUGUUUUAAUAUUUUAUAGGACAUUUGCGUGGUGGGGAGGUGUGUGGAGGAUUGUGCCAGGUUUGCAGAGGCAGCCCAUUCUGGGCUCGCAGGCUCUUUCUUUGCUUUUCUGGCACGACUUGGCAGCCGCCAGAUGCUGAGGACGCAGGCAUUGGUGCCGGAAGUUGGAAGUUGAUUGCUGAGAAGACUUGUCCUAGGUUUCUUAAAUCAGAACUUACCCAGAUGCAGCUGCUCCUUGGGAAGCCCCAAACCCUUUGACUUGUGACGUUACUGGUUUGCGGUAAUGUCCCACUACACUCAGAAGACCAUGGAGGAGAAGGAUCGUGGAGGGAGGUUUUCAGGGCACUGAAAACUCUUGUGAGCCAGAAGGAUGAACCGUGAACACUUGAAUGGACUGAAAGUCCAGGUGUGCCCUCAAAAAGGCUGCAUUUUCCCCCCCGCUAGGAAUGUAACCUUUCCCUUUUUUAAAUUCUGAACUCUGAGCCAAGAUUGGAAAUCAGAAAGUCUCCUGUACCUGUAUACCGGGUACCAGGAGGCUAAGAGAGGCUGCUGUUUUCCGAAUGUUUUCCAUUUCACACUCGCCAUCUGUUUGCCCAGGAAUGGCCCCGAGAAGACGCCUAAAUGUUCAAACCAUCGAAGGCAAUACAAUGCCUUUUAAAGAAAUAAUUUUUUUCUAAAAGUAAUUUAAAGUUAUAUAAAAGUUCGAGAUGUUUCUCUCUUUUCUCCCCUUAUUUCAUGGAGGUGUUGAUGAUCGUGGCCAUGAUGUUCACAUGGGCUGAUUUUCAUCUUUCCAGUGUCCUAGUUGAUUAACUACAGCUUUGUUUUAGUUGAAUCAGAUUGGAAAGCAGAAAUUGAAAGGCAGUUUUCUGUCUUUGCUAUGAAUGUGCUAUGGCUCCUCUUGGAGACUUCUGUUGGGUAAGAUUCUAUGUGGGAGAAGGAAACGUGGUAUUAAACGUCAAAAAUAAUAAUGAUAAUAAUAAAACAUGUGCUGUGUGGUGUGCCCUUAAUCAAAUGACUUGGGAGGAGAAAAUUUACUUGACUCAGAUGGUAAGAAAGUUAGUUUCUUACUGAAUAAAUCAUAUGUUUCCAUAUAAAGAAAA